AUGGCAAAACCCCAUCUUUCGAAAAAUACCAAACUCCCUGCAAGCACAUUUAACGUAAUAACAAGAAAAGACGAACCCGCUAUUUGCUGCCUUUCUCAUCAGUUCAAAGUUAUAUUAGAGCCAGAAAAAUCAGAAAGAGAAUUAUCACAGUCCAUAAAGCUUUCACCAAAACAACUAUCCCAGUCCCUCAAGCUAGAUGAGAUAAAGCAGUUUUCCUUCCAAGGUCAAAUAUUCAAUCAAUUUGAUUUUAAGCCCGGAAAACCCAGAGCCAAGCAAACCCUUGUUUUUCCCAAGCCUAAAACUCCUUUUUCUCUAAGUAUUUAUGACAUCGACGCAAGAAAUAAAUCAAAAAACAGAAGAAGCAUUGAAAAUGUGGUUGAGCCUCCUAAACCUAAGCCAGAAUCUCAGCCUUAUGAUGGUCGUGUAAGGAUAUUUCAAGACUUUUCAAGGCUAGACGAGCUUACUAAUAAAAACCUUUUUCUUAAAAGAGAAAUCAAGAAAUUUGGAAAUUAUUUCUCAAGACCUCAGCCUAAAACAGCAGGCAUCAUAAACGCUUAUUCAUCAUGCCCAGCAUUGCCUUCAAUUAGUUCUAUUACUCAAUCAGCUUUUAUAACUCCAAAGUCAUGAAAAGAAAACACCCAGCCUAAGUUUAUGAGAGCCAAAAAAAGAGUAAAAACGUUUAACCCAACUUCUAAAAAGGAGAGAAAAGGGAAAAUGACUGAUUUAUUCAUGUAA